CGGGGCCGCCGCUCCCCGCCGCCGCUGCCCCCCCCCCCCCGCCCCGUCCGGUCCUGGCGGCCGCGGUGAGUCAGCGUCAGCCCCCGCCCGCCUCCCGCAGUGACUCGGCAGCGCCGUGCCGGGUCAUGCUCGGGCAUGUCGGGCCGCGGCCGGCGCAGGAGCUAAGCCCCGACAUGCCGCCUCUUGGCAGCGCUAUAUAAGACCCGGCCCGGCCCGACUCGGCCCAGAUACCCGCGGCCGGCGAAGGGCAAAUGUGCAAUACCAAGAUGUCCUCCCUCACGGAUGCCUCCUCCGUCACCGCUUCGGAGCAAGAGGCGCUGGUUAAACCAAAGCCACUAUUGUUGAAGUUGUUAAAGUUAGCUGGUGCAGAAAAGGACACUUUUACUAUGAAGGAGGUAAUAUUCUAUCUUGGACAAUAUAUUAUGUCUAAACAAUUAUAUGAUGAAAAACAGCAACAUAUUGUACACUGUGCAAAUGAUCUCCUGGGGGAUUUAUUUGGAGUAACAAGCUUUUCAGUAAAAGAACACAGGAGACUAUAUUCAAUGAUUUCCAGAAAUCUGAUAGCAAUCAAUCAACAAGACUCUGGGCUUGCUGACACACCUGAAGAUGAUGACAGAUUUCGGCUUGAAGAAGAGAAUGUUACGGAAUCCAUGCAAGAGUUAGAAGAGAAGCAGACUUCAUCAAAUGUGACUUCCAGACCAACUACAUCUACUAGAAGGAGAACACACAGUGAAUCUGAAGAAAAUUCUUCAGAUGAUCUGCAUAGUGACAGAAGAAAACGACACAAGUCAGACAGCAUUUCGUUGACGUUUGAUGAAAGUCUCUCAUGGUGUGUAGUCAGUGGUCUGUGCCGUGAAAGAAGCAAUAGCAGUGAUUCAACAGAUUCUCUUUCCAUUCCUGAUCUUGAUGCCAGUUCAUUAAGCGAAAACUCCGAUUGGUUUGACCACAGUUCUGUUUCAGACCAGUUCAGUGUGGAGUUUGAAGUUGAGUCUAUUUAUUCAGAAGAUUAUAGCCAUAAUGAAGAAGGACAGGAGCUCACAGAUGAAGAUGAUGAGGUAUAUCAGUUGACUAUUUACCAGGAUGACGAUAGUGAUGCUGAUUCGUUUGAUGAAGAUCCAGAGAUUUCUCUAGCUGAUUAUUGGAAGUGUCCCGAAUGUAGCGAAAUGAAUCCUCCACUUCCACGACAUUGCCACAGAUGCUGGGCCCUUCGUGAGGAUUGGCUUCCAGAUGAAAAAAGUAAUAAACUGGAAAAGAGCAAAUUGGAAAGUUCCUUCCCUCUAGAGUCUGAAGAAGGUUUUGAUGUUCCUGACUGCAAGAAAGUGAAAAUGACUGAAGAUAAAGGACGAGCUGUGGAGGAGAGCGAGGAUAAAGCAGUACAAAUUUCAGAGUCCCAGGAAAGUGAAGAUUUUUCCCAGCCAUCAACAUCGAGCAGCAUGUUUUGCGGCAGUCAGGAGGACUAUAAGGAACCUGAGAAGAGAGAGAUGCAAGACAAAGAGGAAAACAUGGAAUGCACUCUGCCCAUUACCAGCAUAGAGCCCUGCGUCAUAUGUCAGAGCAGACCUAAAAAUGGCUGCAUAGUUCAUGGCAAAACAGGACACCUCAUGUCUUGUUUCACGUGCGCAAGAAAACUUAAGAAGAGGAACAAACCCUGCCCAGUAUGCAGACAGCCCAUACAAAUGAUUGUACUAACUUAUUUUAGUUAGAUGGAUGUUGACUGGAAAGCAGCAAAAGGAGCUUCGUAGACUGGUUAAGAGAGUAAGAAACUAUUUUUGUAUGCUUACUGGAAAAUUAAUAUUUUGAGUCUCUUUGGUAUGAAAAGCAAUUGCUGAAAAAAAUGCACUGGAGGUUAGCCUAAUGUUCAUGAGUCAACUUGGAAGAUUUUUAAAUCCGUCUCAAUAGAAGUAACCAAUUCCUGUAAACUACCUGCCUCUCAAAGUGUUUUAUGUUCAAGUUAGAGCACUUGUUUUAGUGGAUUAAAUACGCUCAUUAAAAACCCAAAUUCAGUAAUUAUGAGAGGAGGGACAUGUUGAAGAGUUCUUUUGAGUUCCUCCUCUUAAGAAGAUAGAAGAUUCUCCAAAUUCCCCUAUCUGUUGCCUGGUGUCUUCACCAGGCUCAGUCAGAACCCUCGCAGAGUCAAUUAAAUAAAUAAAUAGAAUGUUGUUCUCCUCAUUCCCAAAACUUAAAUUUCUCCAAGUAAAUUACGGGGGAGAUCUUAGCAGAAAGUGGGGGAAGAUGCAAUAGAAAAUAAUUUUAAGGUUUUAGAAAGAGAAAAGGGUAUUGUGUGUCUUUCAUUUUUAUAGUGUGCGUUGUAAACUUCAGGACUGUGUGUGUCCUGAGAAGUCAUUGAUCAGAGUUCUGUCUUACAGUUAUCUUUUAAACGUCCUGAGAAACUGGCUCUUAAAAUGCUUGGUGGGUUUGGAGGUCUGUACUAUUCCGAUGAUUAUUUUAGCAGUGCGAGAAAAGACACGAACAGGUAAGAUAAAUGAAGGAGACGCCAUGUAGUCGUCAGGCAAUACUAGUGGGACAAUCGUAUUCUUUUUCUGCACUAGUUUUUGACUUCAGCAGUAUAGCGUGCAGCUUGACCGCUACAUUUGCUUUAAUAAAAACAGUAAGGAAAAAAAGUUCACCUCCAUCCACAGAAGCGAAUAAGCUGUGUAAUUCUAGUUCACAUAGACAUUCUUUAAAUUCAGUACUUUUCCCAACUUAGCUGGUUUUAUCUGUAUCACAAACACUCUGAAAAUCUGUUGCAAGGUGUUUGGCCAACUGAAAACAGGUCUCACUGGACCUGUCCUUUAGUGCUUUUAGCUCUUGUCUCCUCCCUGCACUUUGACGAAAACUUUGUGAAACAGACCAGAUCCUUUAUUAAGGAGCCUACUAACCGACUCAGUUCUGUAGUGCAUUCAGAGUAGGUAGCAUGAGCCAGUUUUUGUAAGCUCAGGUAUUGUCAGGGUCUAGUUUGAUCACUCCUGUGAGCUGUUCUUCAGGUGGAGAGUUUCUGUGCCAGUGAGUUGUAUUUAUUCCUUUGGAAAACUAGGUUACAAAAGGAGUUGUUUUAUUUUAGCACCUUUUAAUUUUACAGGUAGGUGCUGAUGUAUCUGCCCAUUAGAGAAUGGCAAAUCCAUAAGUAGACAGGGGAGUGCCAAGAACACAGAAGUUGUGCUGUGCAUCCUGCAGGCCGAAGUGAAACGGCUUCCUCACCACCACCGGUACAAAGCAGUUGAUGCGUCUGCACAGAGACUCUUACCGCUGUAGCUGCCUUCAUGUCAGAGCUAAAGUAGUUAGCAUGAAGUGUCUGUAACCCAGGGCUGCAAAUGCCUGGAAGGGAAGUCUCUCGGUUUCAGAAAGUACCUAGGAAAGGGACACGAAGCUGUAUGGGAGAGACUCGGCCGGCAAAGAAAUACCUUCAUAGGUAGACUGAAUUACUGGGGUCGCUUGUGUCUUGUUCAUACAUUUGAGCCAAUUUUUGAAAAAUACUAUUAAAAGUCACUGGUGUAUCUGAAGUUUUAUUAUAAUUCAUUGUAAGUAAACAAAAUGUAAAACCCAGUUGCAAGUUUCUUCACAUUCUUACUUGCAAAUUUCUUGCCCCUUGCAGUUUGAAAAAUUGACAGCAGGUGUCUGGAAGUUCUUGAAGUUCUUUGGUCAGCAGAGACCUUUCAUGGGAUCAAUAAUCCUUCAGCUCCAGAUAGAGAAGUCCUUUAGGCAGGUACUUAAUUUUUUUUUGAAGUAGGGAUGCUUCCACCAGAUGGCUGUCUGCCUUAAGUCACACUGCUUACUAUUUAUUUUUCUUAGUUUUGGAUUUGAUAAACAAGUACAGCAAAGCGAGGCUCUUCCAUGGCACCUGCAGGUCAGAACCAAACUGGUUGUAUUGCAGUCUGGAAUCUGCAGCUGAGAGAGAAUUGUAGGUGUGUAUAUUCAGGAGAAGCAUUGAUCAGUCACUUGGGGACUGUACUUAAAAGGCUUUGUCAGUUGUACUGUCACUUAUGCCUUAACACUUUGUCAGCGUGAUACCAUCUCUAGUCACUGGUGUUUGUGUAACUGCAGGUGGGGGUGGGUGGGGGUGGGGAGCAGGUGCUGUUACCUAGUUCCUGCUGGGACAAAUUAUACCAUCCCACUCUUGGCAUUCUCUUUUCAAUCAGUCCCCUGAUCGAAAAGAAACCCGACCACCACAACCAACAACUCUGCUCACAAAAAGGCAUGUAUUGUCAGAGCAAUGAUCCUUGCUGUUCAGUCACUCGGCUUUGGAUUUUUCUUGAAAACCAGUGUACUUUCCCGGUAACAUUCUCUUUUGUCAGAAGAUAAACUGAGAGCACACAGCGUAAUCGGCUGUCCCUUUUGGAAUCUAAACCUGUACCUCCCUGCAUGUCUUCUGCUGUGGAGAAUAGCCUGGAAGUACCUUUCGCUCCGUACAAUGCAGAGGAAAUGGGUCAUUUUUAUUUCUGCAUCUGUGGCUAAACUACCAUGUGGGAGUGAAUCUUUUGUUUUGAAUUACAUUUUCUGGCUCGGUAUUCUUGAAAACUUGUAGCAAGGCUACAAAGGAGGGUUUCCUUUGUUUUUUUCCCAAAGCAUGCCUUACAAAUAAGGGAGUGAUGAGCUUGGGUGUCUCAGUCCAGUUCAGGUAGGAGACUGUGGCAGGCAUGUGCGUGCGCCUCUGGUCUGGGGGUUGUGUGCGUGUGGCGCCGUGAGCCUGGUGCUGUCACCCCAGCCCCAGCUGGGUCUUCAGUCCGGGUGGCUGAACCUUUGGGUCUGCCUCCGCGCCAUCGCCCCGGCCUGCGCUCCGUGUGCGUGGCGUGAGUGGUGACCAGCCUGCUGCUCCUCGCCCUCUUCUUCCUGGCCUGUAAAUGUGCUUCUGGCCUUGGGUAGCAGCACAGAAGUUAGCCACGUUUUUAGUACAGAAGUUGACAAUUGUUACUUAGUGAGAUCCUUAUUUAAUAUCGCACACAUUUUGCUCUUUAAUUUAUUUCAGUUUGUAAAUAUUCUUGUGCUCACAGUUAGUGUCUUGAGCUUUAAUUUAUUGAACUAGUGUCUUGGUACGUGUGUAGAUACAUAAACAUGCAUACUUAGUAAAUCAGUCACAAGCAAAAUAUUUAAGAAAUUGUAGCAUUACCAUAAAUACUCAGAUCAUGUUCAGAUUGAGGGGCAUGCAAGAUCUAUGGCUUUGUUUUCUUUUAUCCUUCCCUUAAAACAACUUCUGCAUUGAACCCAAGCAACGUUUAUUAAAUAGCGACGGAGGGUGGUGCAACAUCAGCGUAGUGAGAAUAUUGUGAUAGUGUUUGUUUCCAUUUGGAAUGCCAUCUCCAAGUACAGCCAAGAAACUGACUGUUUCGUUGUGCUGCUAAUGUCAGAGGUGAUGGUCUGGAAGAUGCAGUGAUGUGAUGAAGGAUUUCAGGGUUCAUUUGCAGCUGGUGUUAAUUGCUUUUUCCUUUUGAACACGUGACCAAGAAAGUUGAAGGGAUGGCAAGAUGCUGACAAAAUGUGACUGCAGUUUUCAAUAAUUCUCUUGGUCUGUUCCUUUGUGCACUUCAGGUCGAUGGUGUUUAUGUACAGAUGCUACAAGAACUUGCAUUUAUUCUUUAUAUUUUAUAAAGUACAAUCAACCCACCUUUUGAUUAAAUACAACUUGUUUCACUACGUAGCUGUUUAUUAGUAUUGAAAUUCAACUUUUGACCUAAGGAAGUGAGGUGCAAGGUGAUGUACUUGAGGCAGGUGGCAAAAUUGCUUUAUUUCUACGUGUGACAUUUCUCAGAAAGGCCAGAAGCAUUGAUAUUAAAAUAUGUCACAACCUUUAAUACUGAGUCUUCAAUUAAGAUUUAUUAGUUAUGAAGUCUGCUGCUUUUCUCCUUUAAAAAGCUUGCAUUGCUGAAACAAGGAGCUGGAUUGCUGAGGAUACUGGGCACACACUGCAAAGAUGCUGCUUUUUAUAGAGCAGCGCCCCUUGAAUGUUGUGGUGUUCCUAAGGAGCACGCUGGAAGAAGUGUGCGCUCUGCCGUACUGCGCAGGAGGCUGUGGCUGCCACGUUGCUUGGCAGUUCAAUUUAGAAAGGGUAAAAGUGCUACAGAAUUUUGUAUGAAGAGUGCUAGGUUUAUUCUAACAGCGUGGUACACUUUUUAUGACGGAGUUCUGUUGGCUGUAAAUUUGUUUAAAUGUCACUGUCUGCAAUGUCUGUCUGUGUGGGUAUGAAGCUACAUGUAAGACUCAGGCAGAUUUUCCCCCUUGGAGACUACUAUGAAGGAAAAACAAUUCCUCAUUCUUAGAGAAGCAUCAAUAAGAAUAAUUGUUUCAGAAAAUUGCAAUCUUACAAAAGAGAGAUUAGAAAAUUAUUAGAAGCAUAAUGGAAAUGAAUAAGCUAAACUGAAUAAAUAUAAUUCAUAUAGAGGUGAAGAACUUUUCUACCCCAUCUUAAUCUAAAGCUACUGUUGUGUUAGGGCAUAACUUUAGAAGUAGAGUUUAUAAUUUUAAAGCAGUUAAUUUAUUCAGUUUGAUAACUUGCCACAGGUAUGGUGGGGCAGCAGUUACCCCAGGACGAUAAGGACAUUUUGCUGGCCUAAAAAGGGACGUUUGCUGUUGCAGCACUUCCCUGCAGAAAAGGGCAUUGACCGUGUGCAUGGGACUUGUGGGAGGGCUGUGGUGGUACCUUUCCUAAGCUCUGCUGGCCGCUCUGUCCUUCGUGGUGCCAGCAAGUAGAUGCAGGCUUUGGGUGUACGUAGGGUCACCUGUACUUCAUAAGGCGCGUGGUGUAGCAUGUUUGUACUCUAACGCACGCCCCCUGCGCUGUACGUCCAGCUCCCGCAGGCCGGCGCUUGGCCAGAGCAUCGGCUCUCCCGGCUGGCAGGUGCCUGCCAGCUCCAGGGGGCUUACCUGCCCCACCAACCAAACUCUUCUGCUCUUCCAUACCCGAGUCAAAGUCUUACCUUGAGUUACUUGUUUAAAGGUUGCCAAACAAUACAAAGCAAAAAAGAAACUCCCCAACCCUGAAACCUGGGUUUAAGGUAUCUUUUAAUAAUGGGCUGCACUUAGUGAACACGAAAAUUGCUUUUAACUAAUGUAUGCUUUUUUUGUAUUUAGCACAGAUGCACUGAAAGCUUCAAGUGGAUCCCUCUUGGUAGUAUGUGUAUAUAUGUGUGUGUGUGUAUAUAGAUAUAUCCUACAUGUAAAAUUUGUUGGUGGUACUUAAAAAAAGGUGUUGCUCCACUUUUGAGUAGAUGUUGCUUUAACUUAACAUCCUGAUUUUAAAGGACAGUUCUUGGUUUUGAGCUCAGUUAGUGGCUGUUGACAUGACGAUUACACAAUACGAAAAUACCAAAUAGCUUUUCCAGAAGCCAGGUCUUACUUUGUUGUCCGGCUACUAGCUGCAAUGACUGUUCAAGAGACUGGUUUAUAGUGAAUUUAAAUAACUAUGCAAUUUUGCCACUACUUCUAGGUGAUGAACACGCUUUUAAGAGCUUGUUAUGGUGCAUACCUUCUAGAUAACCCGGUGCAAGUACUACCGCAGUCGGUAACCACGAGAAUACAAAUAUCCGCUCGUAUUGCACAGAUCCAUUUAUGAGGAGCAUUGUCAUGUGUAUUGAGUUUGUCUUUUGGUUUUCAGGUUUUCCUUUUCUGAGGAAACUAAACAGUAUGUUCCAUUUAAAAGCUUUAAAUAAAGAUUUGUGGAUACACUC